UUCCGUCUGCAGAGGGAAGCCUGGAGCCACAGAUAGAAGAUCUGAUUAACCGGAUUAAUGAGCUUCAGCAAGCAAAGAAGAAAUCCAAUGAAGAAUUGGGAGAAACUCAAGCUCUCUGGGAAACGCUGCACAGGGAAUUGGACUCUUUGAAUGGAGAGAAAGUACACCUAGAGGAGGUCUUGAGAAAAAAGCAAGAAGCGCUGAGGAUCCUUCAGCUGCACUGCCAAAAGAGGGAAAGCGAGGCUCAGAGGUCACACAUGGAAGAACAGCUGGAGGAUUUCAUGGGCCAGCACAAGGACCUCUGGGAAUUCCAGCAGGUCCUGGAGCGGCGACUGGCCUGGGAGAUCCGCGCGCUGCAGAGCAGCAAGGAGCAGCUGCUCACUGAAGAGAACUUAGCGAGGGCCAAGCUGGAGCAGGUGGAGCAGAAGCUGGGCUCCUCGCCUACGGUCCAGGGCGCCCUGGCAGUGAACGAAGCGCUGAAGGUGGAGCUGGAGAAAUCCGGGGGGCAAGUCCCCACCCAGACCCAGAGCCCCUCGGGCGAUUGGGCCCACAAAGAAGAGCCCGACCCGGAGUCCCUGUACGCCCGCCACGAGGAGGACCUGGAGCCGCUGGUGGAGCUGGCCCUGUGGUCCCCCUAGGCCAGUGGGACCCACCGAUCCCCAGCUUCAAGGCCCGCCGAGAAAUAAAGGCAAUUCAGACGGUC